AGACACUUUCCUUUGCUGAGACUCCAUUUUAUUCUUCUUAUCGCCCCACCAAAACAGUCAUGCCAGGCCGUUGCUAUCCCAUCUCAAGGAAGACCCGAUGUCUAUCUGCAUGGUUUAAGGAUUUUGGAAUCGCGAUAACCAUAAGGCCUCUUCAAGAUACGAGUACUCAUCUACGUACAACGUGUUCCUGUACGCUGUAUUGAUAUCACCCCUUAUAUCGUGCAGAUAUCGUGUGCCUGCGACCAUGACACUCCCUUUUUUUCUCCAACCGUUACUCCUCGUGGCUUGUUAUUACAACCGCGUAAUACGAUCUUUGAAAUCAUGGUUUCACCGAUAUAACGACCAGCUAUUUGGACCCCUUGAACAGGCCGUAGCAGCUAUGGUGAUCAUCAACCUGGCAAUGAAGCCCACUGCCGCUCCCCUUGGCAUCUUCAUCCAACCUUCACAAGUGCAAAUGCUACAAACACCCCUUUCCAAUCUCACGGAUGAUCAAGAUGGCCGUCGAUCUGGCGGCUCGGAAACUGCAUCUGAUGGGACAACGGCCAUCGAUUCCUGGAGCGACGGAUUCUCGAUGCUGAUUUUAUCUCUGUCAUUCUUCUGCUCCAAGCUGACAUCAUGGAUGAAUCCUGCCUCCAUCAUUAUCAUCAUCCUGCUGACUCUCAAUCUUGUGAAGGGUCUCGAUGAUGGUCACCUAUUGGGAGAAUUAAGGGACCUAUUCACUAUGUUAUGGGAUAGGCAUCGUUCGCUUGGACGACAAGAGAGGGUUGUUGAGACACAAGCUCACCGCAGUACUAAUGAAGAAGUAAAAACUGAAGCGCCCUACAAAAAAGGCAAAGACAGCGAGUCUGAGACUAGGCUAUCUUCCAUCGACAAGAAAACUGUGCGACAAGCAGUCAAGCAACUGGCGGAAGAUAGUGUCAAUUGCCCCCCCGAUCCAGUGCAGGAGGGUCGAGAACGGACUAAAGAACCUAUAGAGAUCGAUAACAACGGCCAGAUCAGCUCUACCGAUAAAGCGGUUGAUGCAAGCCAAAAAGAGAAGCCAAAGCAUUUUGAAAAUCCAUCCGCCUCCGAGCAGAUACGAGUACUUACCGAAUCGGAAAAGACACAAAAGUCAAAGAUCACUAACGAUCAGGUUAAGAGCCAGUCUAACAAAUCUCAAGAUAAAGGUAAAGAGCGGAUGGCUGGCGAGAGGACAGGAGACGUCAAGGAUGAAACAUUGGUCAAAACGAACACGGAGAAAAAAGCCGGCUCCAAAGAGUCUCUUAUCGCUGACCCCUCCGUAGCCAGUGCUCAGUCGAAAAUCCAGGAGGAGGACGCACUCAUCUCCGGUGAUUACCGCUCUCUCAAAUCAGCACUCAAGAAACCGACAAAGAAGCCUAAGCAAACGCAAAACAUCCACCACAAUUAUUUUAUGACCAUGCGCGGUUUCCGUCCGGCAUUGGUACCGUUUCCUCAAGGGCUUCAUCCAAAACCUCAUUACCCUAGGAAUACAAUGUGGUGGAACAAUAUACCUGAUACCCCAGAGCAUAUUAUGGCAGCCCCCAAAGUGCCUAAGGAACCAGAGGAAGAGGUAGACGUGGAGGAACCAAAGGAGAAGAAGAAAGUCACCGAGGAGAAGCCCAUAGAGAAGAAAUUCAUAGAGAAGAAGAACGAGGCCAGAAAAGAUGAUGGGAAAGACAUGAAUGGAAAACUCAUUUCUGAAAGCAGAGGGUCAGAGAAGACAUCCGCAAACAGGAUUAAAGCAGAGGCGGAGUCUAAAGCCAGAAAAAAGGCCGAAAUCAAGGCUUCAAGUACCGGGGCGACCUCUGCAUCAUCAAUUGCUACCAUAGACAAGGACUCGGGAAGAGCAAGUGUCGCCGCCAAGAUUUCCCAAGGACAUAUGUCGCGAAAUCACCAACUUGAUAAGGCCACAUAUGCAGCUCAAGCUAUGCUUUGCAUUCUCCUCUACCAAUUGUACCCACAGCUGAGCUUCUUGCUUCUUGUCUUUUUUGUCUGGCAGUACAUUGAUUCCCAUCAGGGAUCUUUACCGACCUUGGAUGAUCCUCGAGCAACUGACCGAUCGACUGUCGCGUCUUCCGUUGCCGUCUCCAAGCCUGUGUCGUCUAAAACUACGGCACCCUCUACUACCGAAAAGGCGGCUGCAGAAACUAAGCAUAAAGUGGCUGAGGAGUCAAAUAUAGGCACAUCCCGUUCUUCACCAUCACAAAAAAGUCCCGAAAAUAAAGAUGGCUCAGAGAAAAAACUUGCAGAACUGGAAAACCUAAUUAAGAAAUUGAAAUCAGAAAACGAUCUAACGCCAGCGUUGAAAGACCAGUUAAAAGCAGCCUUGAAAAGGAGGGAAGGACUCAUAGCGAGCCUUUACGACGAAGGAGCUGAAGAUAACAAGACAACAACCAAGGGGCUGAUGCAUAAGCUUGAAGAUGUUGAAAGCUAUCUGAAGAAGCAUCAUGCCCAGAAUAAAGUCACAAGCGGUUCAGAAAUGAAGCUUUCAAAGGUCAAAGCACAACAUGAAGUUUUGAAGACUAAAGUCGCCAACCUUCAGAGACGCAAUAUGCCGGUUGAUAAGGUCAAAGAGUCUGGUGUCACAACUCCUGCCUCGAAGGAUGAUGAUCAUAGAAAUGAUACUCGCUCGUUACCCGAACAACGGGAAAAAAAGCUUCAAAGGGAUGAGAGGGCAAGUAUUAAAGAACAUUCUUCAAAGCGGGCGAAGUCAUCAGAAGAACCAAAUAAGUCAGCGAAUUCGGUUACCGCUGAUAACUCUGAGGCCUUGUCAGUGGAUUGUCGCAAGAUGAAAGACAAAAUCAAAGCGAUUGAAUCGUAUAUCAUGAAGUAUCGGAAACUGGCCACCUUAUCAGAUGAGCAAAAGGAAAAGGUGGUCAAGGCUGAAAAACAACGAAAGGAGAUGAAGGAAAAACUCGAGAGCAUAGCUAGAAAGAUGGCCAAUGUUGGGAGCAGCGGACUAAGUAUAGAGGAAAAGGAGACCAUAACCAAGGACACUUGAUAAUCCCUUGACCAAGGCGCGGACGAUAUACAGAGUACAGAGAUCGCAAAGCGUCAGUAAAUACUCUGGUGAAAUCACAAUGGAUCAUAUAUGACGGUUAGCUGAAAACAUUAUACAUAUGCAAGACGGU